AUGAACGCCUGCUCGAUGACGGGAAAACCCGUGUACAGAGGGUUUUCUAUGGAUCGUUAUGGUGUUGUUCUCCUUUUCAUCAGCCUGCAUUUCGCGUACGGAGACGUGAGCUACUCUAUCGCAGAGGAGAUGAAACGCGGGUCUGUGAUUGGAAAUAUAGCAAAGGACCUCGGCCUCGGGACAGCUGCACUUUCCUCGCGUAAAGCUCGCAUUGACACCGACAGGAGUGGCAAGCAGUAUUGCGAUAUUAAUCUGAGCAGCGGAGAUUUGAUUGUGACGGACAGGAUCGACAGGGAGGGUCUUUGUGGUAAGAAGGCGACUUGCCUCUUAAAAGAGGAGCUUGUACUGGAAAACCCGUUAGAGCUUCAUCGUAUCAGUAUUCAUGUGCAAGAUAUAAACGACAAUGCCCCACACUUUAGUGAGGAGUUGAUUUCCUUUGAAAUUACAGAAUCAGCUGAUAAAGGAGCUCGAUUUUUACUCACUGAAGCCCAUGAUGCAGAUAUCGGUUCAAAUACGGUGCAGCAAUACAAUUUACAAAAUAAUGAACAUUUCACUAUUAAUGUGGAUACAGACGGUAGUGGGCGGAAACACUCCGAGCUGGUUUUGGUUAAAAAAUUAGACCGAGAACAAGAGAACGAUCUAAAAUUGGUGCUUGCGGCUGUAGAUGGUGGUUCUCCGAGGAUAUCGGGUACUGCAAUCAUUCACAUCACUGUGCUCGAUGCUAAUGAUAACGCACCAGUGUUUAAUCAGGCCUUAUAUGAAGCCAGUGUGCCUGAAAACGCACAGUUAGAUACAGUAGUUAUUGCAGUGAGUGCAACUGAUGCGGACGCGGGAGCAAACGGUGACAUUACGUACAGUUUUGAUCAUGUGUCUGAAGACCAUGCCACGCUAUUCUCACUUGACCAGAAGACUGGAGAAAUACGAGUCACCGGGUCCAUUGAUUAUGAGACUGAGACGUCCAUUGAGCUACGGAUAAGAGCGAAAGACGGUCCCGGUCUUACGUCAUAUUGUACAGUUAUUAUAGACGUAACAGAUGUCAAUGAUAACCCACCUGCUAUCGGUUUAAAGUCACUGACUAAUCCCAUACCUGAGAACGCGUCACCUGGUUCAGAGGUGGGCAUCAUUAACGUGCAGGACAGAGACUCUGAGAGUAACAGGCAGGUUCGCUGCUCCAUUCAACAAAGUGUCCCUUUUAAGUUAGUUCCUUCGAUAAAAAACUACUAUUCUCUGAUGACCACAGGACAACUUGACCGUGAACUAGUGUCAGAUUACAACAUUACAAUCACUGCCACUGACGAGGGCUCUCCACCUCUGUCCUCCUCUAAAACUGUGCAGUUAUCUGUAGCUGACAUCAACGACAACCCACCUGCAUUUGAGGAACAGUCCUACAGCGCAUAUGUGACUGAAAAUAACAAACCUGGCUCCACGUUAUGUUCCGUUACUGCUCGAGACCCCGACUGGAGACAAAACGGCACAGUGGUUUAUUCUCUGUUACCUGGUGAGGUGAACGGUGCCUCGGUGUCCUCCUAUCUAUCAGUUAACGGAGACACGGGGGUGAUCCACGCUGUGAGGUCGUUUGAUUAUGAACAGUUCAGGAGCUUGAAAGUCCACGUGAUGGCCAGAGACAACGGUUCUCCUCCGCUCAGCAGCAACGUGACCGUCAGCGUCUUCAUAUUGGAUGUGAACGACAACUCUCCUCAGAUACUGUACCCCGCCCCGGAGGGCAACUCCUUCAUGACCGAGCUGGUCCCCAAAGCUGCACACGGAGGCUCUCUGGUGUCCAAAGUGAUCGCGGUGGACGCGGACUCCGGACAGAACGCCUGGCUGUCCUAUCAAAUAGUCAAAUCCACUGAUCCGGGACUUUUCACUAUUGGUGUCCACAGCGGAGAGAUCAGGACACAGCGGGACAUUUCUGAAUCUGACAGCAUGAAACAGAACCUUAUUGUGGCGGUGAAAGAUAACGGACAGCCCUCUCUGUCUGCCACCUGCUCCAUGUAUUUACUUAUUUCUGAUAACUUGGCUGAGGUGCCAGAGCUGAAGGACAUUUCUUAUGAUGAGAAGAAUUCAAAACUGACCUCUUACCUGAUCAUAGCGCUGGUCUCUGUCUCCACCUUUUUCCUGACCUUCAUCAUCAUCAUCCUGGGUGUGAGGUUUUGUCGCAGGAGAAAGCCCAGAAUGUUGUUUGAGGGAGCUGUCGCCAUCCCCAGCGCUUACCUCCCCCCUAAUUAUGCAGAUGUUGAUGGCACAGGAACUUUACGCAGCACUUACAAUUAUGACGCCUACCUGACAACAGGUUCCAGAACCAGUGACUUUAAAUUCGUGACGUCUUACAAUGACAACACACUGCCUGCUGACCAGACUCUGAGGAAAAGUCCUUCUGACUUUGCAGAUGCCUUUGGAGACUAUGAUUCUUCUCCUGAGGUAGGGACAGGAUCGACCACCCGUCUGUUCUUCACAGCCUUCAACAAAGACGACAACUGCUCGACAGAAAGAUACAGCGCCUGA